UCCUGAUAAGGCAGGUAAAGGAUAUCCGGUUAGUUAUGUAUUUUUUAUUUAGGUGGUUCACAUAGCAACAGAAAUGGCUUCUUCUAGCCAAGUAUCAAAUAAUGAUAAACAAAAGAAUUCAAGUUUAAACUCUGGGUUAAUCUAUGGAAGUCAACGAUGAAGAGGACACUGGAAAUGAGUUUAAUGAAAAUUCACUUCAUCAAAAGAAAGCAACGGAUAAAGGCAACCGCAUUGCCAGCUUAAGAGUCGGAAGUAGCAUUGUUGAGAAAGAUCGACGAGUUGCUUACUGUUCUGACUUGGAUCGUUCAGUUCUUUUGACCAACUUCGAGAAACGAGGAUGGGUUCAUGUUGGUCCAGAUGAUGAUUGGAAUUUCUAUUGGGCGGGGAUGCAUACUUGUCGGAAUCUCUUCAGUGUAGACAGUGGAUACAGGAUGAACGAGAACCAGAUGAUUAACCAUUUCCCUAACCACUAUGAACUGUCACGAAAAGAUCUGCUUGUGAAGAAUAUCAAACGAUACAGGAAAGAAAUGGAGAGAGAAGGAAACCCAAUAGCUGAGAGAGGGGAUGUCCCUGGACGUUACUUGCAUCUUGACUUCAUACCCAUCACCUUUGUGUUGCCAGCAGAUUACAACAUGUUUGUGGAGGAGUAUAGAAAGAGUCCUCAAAGUACAUGGAUAAUGAAGCCAUGUGGAAAGUCCCAAGGAGCUGGCAUAUUUUUGAUCAAUAAACUGUCCAAAUUAAAGAGAUGGUCUCGUGAGAGCAAAACUCCUUUUAAUCCAUCUUUGGUGAAGGAAUCGUAUGUAAUUUCAAGGUACAUUGAAAAUCCAUUGUUGAUUGGAGGAAAGAAGUUUGAUCUUCGUCUAUAUGUACUUGUUACGUCUUUCCGACCUCUUAAAGCUUAUUUAUUCAAACUGGGGUUCUGUCGGUUUUGCACAGUAAAAUAUGACACAAGUAUUCAAGAACUGGACAACAUGUAUGUGCAUCUCACUAACGUCUCUGUCCAGAAACAUGGGGGUGAGUACAACAGUAUGCACGGUGGAAAAAUGUCUCUACAAAAUUUGCAGUUGUACUUGGAAAGCACUCGAGGAAAGGAGGUAACACAACGAUUGUUUGACAACAUCUCUUGGCUGAUAGUCCACUCUCUAAAGGCUGUCAGCUACAUAAUGGCUAAUGACAGACACUGUUUUGAAUGUUAUGGUUAUGACAUCAUCAUUGACAACACCCUGAAACCUUGGCUGGUAGAGGUAAAUGCUGCUCCGUCUCUAAGCUCUACAACUGUAAAUGACAGAAUUUUAAAGUACAAGUUGAUAAACAAUAUACUAAAUAUUGUGCUGCCGCCAGAUGGAAUCCCAGACACGAGAUGGAACAAAAUACCGACUCCCGACAAGUUGGGCAACUUUGAGCUGCUGAUAGAUGAAGAGUUGGCAGCACACGAGGAGCAGACUGCUGCCGGCCGUUACCGGGACACCAGGGGACCUACAUCACGCUGGAAGUAGGAAACAUCUCGGACCACACUACAGAGAUUUCUUGGAAUAAUUAAAACAAUAAAACUGUAA